GAAAUAAUUAAAAGGGUAUUUGUGAAAGCUAAAUGAGGUAAUGAAGAGGUGCUAUUGAUUACUAUUUAAACUAUGAGUCUUAUAUUCUCUCUAAUUUUGUAGCCUGUGCCACACUACUCUCAUUUGAUCUCAUCUGCCAUUCAUAUUUAACCAUCUAUCUGCAUCUAUCUUUCUUAUUAAAUGACACAUGCAGAGGAGAAAUUAAUAAUAAUAAUUAUACAUAUUUAAUAAUUAUUUGAUGUGAUGAAACUCAUCUCAUCUCAUCUCAUCAUCUUAAUAAUAUGCUCUUUUUUGAAAGCUUAAUUUCACUUUCAUAUUUAAUAGUACUAUGUGCUAAAUAUUACUUUGUUUCAACGGUUUGUGUAUCUGAUAAAUAUUACAUGAUUGGAAUGCAAGCCUGGAACCACGGAAUCUGCGUUGUUUUCUCCUUCUUCACUUGCCUUAAUCUUCCCCUUUCUUUUUUUUAUUUUCUAUUUUUUUUUCAAUUAUAUAUUUGGAUUGAGUCCUGACUCAAUGAAGGUCUCCUAAAUACAUAUGAUUAUCAUUAUUAGAGUUUAAUUUUGAUAAUCAUCUUACAUUGAUAUUUAAUUGUAUAUGUAAUUGAUAUUUAAUUUUGAUAAUCAUCUUCUACAAAACUGACAGAAUUUAUAACAGAAAGGAAUUGAAGAAGAGAUUGAGCAACAGAUUCCAUUUACACUAUCACAAGUAUUGGUAGAGCUUAAGACUUCCAGAAAAGCUAUUCAAGGAAAUUAAAUUCAUUAAUAAUGGAAAAUCAGAACCGAAAUUGGAUGUAUGAUAGAACGUAUGAUCAGAGGCGGGGUCUUAAACCCAGUUAUAUUAAAGGGGUAAAUGAAUUUGUGGAUGCGUGUACUAGAACUGAUAAAUUUCUCAGAGGAGGUUUAGUUAGGUGUCCAUGUGCCAGAUGUCAAUGUGGGACGUUUAAACAGUUGAUCGACAUUAAAAUUGAUCUAUAUACUUAUGGGUUUAAACCUAAUUAUUGGGUUUGGACAGAGCAUGGAGAAGAGAUAUCCACAGAGAAUCAGAUUAGGGUAGAAGAAGAUAUUGAAAGUAGCUCUGAAUUAGGUGGUGUUACAUGGGAAGAAAAUUUUGAUCGUUAUCAUGAGAUGGUUGUUGAUGCUUUACAACCUGAGUUUCACAUGUACAUGCAACCAACAGUGGAGGAACCAAAUCGAGAUGCUAAGAGAUUUUAUGACCUCUUAGAUUCAGUUAGUAAACCCUUGUGGGAAAAUUGUAUCCAUUCACGAUUGUCACUUGCCAAUAGGAUGCUGAGUAUAAAAUCAGAGGGAAACCAAUCCCAGGAAUCUUUUGACCAGUGGGCAACUUUGUUUAGAGAAAUGCAAACAACUCCAAAUGAAAUUCCUGCUAAUUACUAUGAAGCUAAGAAAAUUAUUUUCCAACUUGGGUUUAAGGAGGUUAAGAUAGAUUGUUGUGUCAAUGGUUGUAUGAUAUAUUACAAAGAGGACAAAGAUCUUAGACAAUGUAAAUUUUGUGGGGAGCAGAGAUUUAAGCCUAGGAAGGGAAAAAAUAAAAAGGUGCCAUAUAAAAGAAUGCAUUAUUUGCCAUUGAUUCCAAGGCUACAAAGGUUGUAUGCAUCAAUGAGUACUGCCCCUCAUAUGUUGUGGCAUCACCAAAAUCGUAGAAAUGACGACGUGAUGACACAUCCUUCCCAUGGUGAAGCAUGGAAAUAUUUUGAUACCAAGCAUCCUCAUUUUGCAAGCGAACCGCGUAAUGUUAGACUUGGACUUUAUUCUGAUGGGUUUUCUCCUAAUGUUCAUUUUAGCACACUGUACUCUUGUUGGCCUGUUAUAGUUACCCCUUAUAACCUUCCACCUCAUAUUGUCCCCUUAUGUUCUAUAUAUUUUGCCUUCUUGCAUCUACUUUGGCUUUACAUUGUUCAUUGCUCCUUAUGAAUAGCAUUCAUUGCUCAUUAUGUAUGAUAUGUUGAUAUCUUUGUUUUAUAUUCUUAUUUUUUAGCUUAAUAUUCAAUGUCCAAUAGAAUGAUAAAAAAACAAGUUAAUGAAUACGGGCAUGUAGUUAGAGAAAGAUAGAAAGGGGGAAAGGGAACUAUUUGUUUAUUGAGUUUUGUUCAUAGAAAUGAUUAGGCAUACCCAUUCACAUCUGAUUAAUAGUUCCUAAAACUAAAACUGGACUCUUAUUUCUUUGUUGAUUUACUAAGCUUUUUUUUUCACUUCUAAAUGAGAUCAAAUGUGGUGUUACCUGUGGGAGUAGGGUUUUAGCUUUUGUAUCUUACUAUUAAGAUUAUAAGACUGUAUAUUAAAUUGCUUCAAUACAUUAAAUUCUCCUUAAAUUUGAUGAAAUUACAACAGAGUCCUUUAUUUAGUUAUGGGAUUAAAUUAGAUGACUUUUGAGAGGGGAAAAAAAUAAAUCGGUAUCCACAAUGCAAAAUUGCAAAUUCAAGUAAAUAAUGAUAAUUGGAUAUAUUCAAAUAGUGCAGAGUGACAUUUGCUAUGUUAUAAUCAUAGCAGAUAAGCCUUUAACUAACUGAUUACUAUUUUGAAUUUGUGGCUCUUGCUAAUAAAACUAUUAUAGACCCUCUUGCUAAUAGAACUUUUCUUCUUCUAUCAC